GGUUUCAUGGGCGGCCGCGGGGGAGCGAGUCUGGCGGGACAGAUGGGACACCGACACAAUCAUGCGUCCGGGACAGCCACGCCACCAUCUUCUGGCGAGGCAACGCCCGAAGAGGGAUUAUUGAGCGAAGGCGCAGGGCUUGAGAAUACGCAUGGACAUUCGCAUGCGGGACACAGACAUACGAAUAAAGGGCUUUGCUCUGCCUGUGGUUCUUCUUCGUCUUUCCUUCUUCAUUUGCUCGGCCUCGACCGGUUCACGACGGGAAAAGCAACCACCGGCCUCGCACGUGCGUCAAAAGCAAGCAAUCCAUUCGAUAUGGGUAUAGUCAGUAAUUGUAAAGAUUUCUGGACGGUGGGGAGGGAGAUUGGGGUGGAGUAUGAGAGGCUUUAUGAGGUGCCUAUAGAGGGCUUCAGAGAGGCGAAGAGGAGGAGGGAGGAGGAAGGGGAGGUUGAUGGGGUUAGUUUGAAUGGUGGGGCGAGGAAGGGCUUGAGGGAGAGGUUGAGGGAGAGGCUUAUGGGUGGAAUGGGAAGGAGGGGUGGGUAUGAGCCUGUUAGUCAGGUUUAGGUGGCCUUUUGGUUACCAAGUAGCGGUGGUCGAAUCUACGGGUUGGAGGUGGGUUGGUUUGGUUGCUCUUCUGUACUGUACUUUAUCGUCUCAUUGUGCGCAUUCAAUACGGACUUACGACUCAUGACUCAUGAAUGGAAAUGUACCUGCUACUGCGCGCCU